AUGACGCCCAGCGUUUACACCCCGUCCGCCAAUGCGAGGCGAGUCGCCAUCAUGACCAGUGGAGGAGAUUCGCAGGGCAUGAACGGCGUAGUCAGGGCCGUCGUACGUAUGUCGAUCCACAUGGGCUGUGAAGCGUAUGCUAUUCUCGAAGGGUACGAAGGACUAGUUCGAGGAGGAGACGCAAUCAAGCGCAUGUACUGGGAGGAUGUCCGGGGCUACCUGUCCAUAGGGGGUACAUUGAUCGGGACGAAACGGUGCCAGGAGUUCAAGGCACGGUCUGGCAGGAUGGAGGCCGCGAAGAACUUGGUCAUGAAGGGCAUUUCCGGUUUGAUAGUCUGUGGGGGCGACGGUAGUCUAACCGGUGCCGACAUAUUCAGAUCCGAGUGGCCCAGCUUGCUGGACGAGUUGGUGCAGACGAAACAGCUCACGCCCGAACAGAUUGAACCGCACCGACACCUUAAUAUCUGUGGUCUCGUCGGAUCUAUCGACAAUGACUUCUCGGGCACCGACGCCACGAUCGGCUGCUACUCGUCGCUCCAGCGGAUUUGCGAGAUGGUGGACGCCGUGGAUGACACGGCGGCGUCGCACAUGCGCGGUUUCGUCAUCGAGGUCAUGGGCAGGAACUGCGGCUGGCUGGCGCUGAUGGCCUCAAUCGCGACGGGCGCCGACUACGUUUUCAUCCCAGAGAAGCCGCCCGGCCAGGACUGGGAGGAGGAGAUGUGCGAGAUCGUGAUCAGCCACCGGAAGCUGGGCAAGCGCCGAACCAUUAUCAUCAUCUCCGAGGGCGCCCAGAACACCGAGCUCCAGAAGAUCACCGCGGACCAAGUCGUCAAGGUCCUGACCGAGAAACUCAAACUCGACACCCGCAAAACCGUUCUAGGACACAUCCAGAGGGGCGGCCUCCCGUCCUACUAUGACCGCUGGCUGGCGACCCUGCAGGGCGUCGAGGCCGUCAAGGCGCUCCUAGAGGCGACGCCGGAGACCCCAUCGCCCGUGAUCACGGUGCGCGAGAACAAGAUCCUACGGUCCGAUCUGCAGGAAUGCGUGCGGCUGACAAAGUCCGCGGGCGCGGCCCUCAAGGGAAAGGACUUCAAAAAGGCCAUGAACCUCCGCGACAUCGAAUUCAAGGACUACUUCGACAGCUACAAGCUCACCACGUCCACCACGGAAGAAAAUCCGCGUCUGCGCCUCCCAAAGGAAAAGCACAUGCGUAUUGCCAUCAUCCAUGUCGGUGCCCCCUGCGCAGGUAUGAAUCCGGCAGUGCGAGCCGCCGUUGCGUAUUGUCUUUCUCGCGGCCAUACGCCCUUGGCCAUAUACAACGGCUUUCCAGGGUUACAGAGACACCACGCUGAUAAACCUGUCGGCUCAGUCCGAGAGCUCAAGUGGAUUGAUGUGGACGACUGGGUGAACCAAGGUGGCUCAGAGCUGGGCACAAAUAGAAGUUUACCGAGUGAGGAUGUGCCCACGACCGCCGAUUGCUUCAGGCUAUACAAAUUCGACGCCCUCUUCCUGAUCGGUGGCUUCGAGGCCUUUACCUCCGCCAGCCAAAUCAGGAACAACCGGGACAAAUAUCCCUCUUUUCGCAUUCCACUCCUCGUCCUCCCAGCGACCAUCUCGAACAACGUCCCGGGAACCGAAUAUUCGCUGGGCAGUGACACUUGCCUCAACACCCUAGUAGGCUUCUGUGAUGUGAUUCGGCAAUCGGCGUCGGCGUCGAGGAGAAGGGUUUUUGUGGUCGAAACACAGGGCGGUAAGUCUGGUUAUCUCGCUACCAUGACAGGACUAGCCGUUGGCGCUCUGGCUGUUUAUACCCCAGAAGAUGGCAUCAACAUGCGCAUGUUGUUACGAGAUAUCGACUUUAUUCGCGAAGAUUUUCAGGACGACAAAGGCGCUGCAAGGGCAGGGAAGAUCAUCCUCCGAAACGAGCGUGCAAGUGAAAUUUACACGACACAAAUGAUCGCCGACGUGAUCAAUGUGGAGGCACAAGGCAGAUUCGAUGCACGCGUCGCAGUUCCUGGCCAUUAUCAACAGGGAAUGAAGCCUUCGCCGAUCGACCGCAUCCGAUCCUUUAAAUUGGCGAUUAAAUGCAUGCAAUUCCUUGAAGAUAACUUUGCUGGAAAGAGUCGAGAUGAGAUCAACGCUAAUCCUCUCAACGCCGCCAUCAUCGGUAUUCAGGGAUCCGAUGCCGUCUUCAGUCCCAUGGGCAGUGAUCUAGGCUUGGAGGCGACGCAGGCGGACUGGGCAAUGCGUCGACAAAUAACCGAAUACUGGCGACCGGUCAAAGGUAUAAUCGACAUCCUUAGUGGUCGGCCAAACGACACAAAUUGGCUUGCUGAGUACGGCAAGCCGCCUGGACCCCUUGGAGAAGCAUUCACAUCUGUCGCCCCUAGCCGCUCGGGCAGUCCUUUGGCACAAAGACCUUAG